GUAUUAAUGCGCGGGAACAACUGUCAACACCGACAACCUGAAAUUCCUCUAAAUUGACUGAAAACUACCGUGAAUUUAUUGCAUUAAUCAAGGUUAACAAUGCUGUGAUCCAGUUUUAUUUUUUAUACUGACUAGAUAAACAAGGUACUUUCAUUCUGAUACAAUCCGAAGAGGCAAAUCAAAUGUCACCCCCCCCCUCCCCCAGCCUAUUGCACAUGAUAUUUUGUGCGAGAUUUAUUCUGUUUUAUGCUAGAAAUGUUAUACCAAUUCGGUUUUGCAUGUUUUUGGCAGUUUACUAAAAUUUUACCCUGCCAUGAGAACUGAAAGGGUGGAAGUUCGUAAUCAACGGGAGUGAAAGUAAGACUGACGAUUCGCCUAUUUUUGGAAGGCCUAACGUAAAUUUGUCCUGUGAUAUGUUCAUAUAAAGUUAGACGAUGUGAUGAAGAAUGGAGGCAGACGACUCGGAUUCAGCAAGUGUGGAGUAUAACUUUGAGACACAGCCGGACAGUGUUGGGUUUAUGGUGCUAACCUCACAGUCUGAGUCACAGCCCAGAAACACUGAAGAUGCUGACAUCAUGCAGAUAUGGCCGGCUCUGCAGCAAGGAGAAGAACGAAAAGAGAAAGAAAAGAAAUCUUUGGUGAAUUGCCUGGCAUCUGUUAUGGACACCUCUGGAGACGAGCAAAAGCCAGCAGAAGCUGCACAGAUCCUAGCCACUGAGACAGAGUUAAGCGAGUCAGAGAUGGAAACUGAGGUCACUGUGAUUGAAAAAACAGGCAAAAGUGACCACAGCACACCAGAACCAGAGGAAAAACAAACACCAAAAACCACUGGAAGGUCGCCAUUGACAGCCGAUUUUAGAUCCUUAUCUCCUCAGGAUAUGUUUGAAAAUGAUGAUGAAGAAGUAGCAGUGUGUACAUCAGCAGGGUUUGUUGGAUCCCUACAUUUGUCUAAUCAGGCCAUGCUGGUCCCAGAAACUACAGAGUCAGAAGACCCCCUACCCUCCACUCCAGAAGAAUUUGAGGGACUCCCUAAAAUCAUACCAAGCUCUCCAACAGAUGGAUCAUUCCAAGAAGAUGGAAAAACUGAUGACCCUACACAUUAUAAUCCAAAAGAUGACUCCACACUUGCAGAUGAAGCCACAGUAGUCAAGAAAUCAAGGAAGUCAGAUGAGCCUGAGUCAUCCCAAUGCAAGAGCCUGAGUUCUACUGGAGACAAAAAGGACCUGGGAGAAAACAGGACACAGUCUGAGUCUGUACAGUAUAAUCCUCAAAAAGAGAGAACCUUGGUAGAAAGCUCAGAUGACCAGCAAUCAUUACACCUACAUUACUCCGAAACCCAAAAAUCAUCAUUGUCAAGGCGCCAGGAAGAUACAGCAGACUCAGUGGAGGUUGUAGGGACAAGUUUUAUGGAUGUCAUUUCUAUCAAAAGCUCAGAUGGCACAGAGAUUGACCCAGUGCCUGAGUCCCAGGAGUUGUCCCUGAGACUGACGCCGUCACAGAGUGAUAAAUCCAGCAAGGGCACAGACACAGAGACUGUAGUCACCCAGCCAAUCAGGAGGAGGGUACCUAUGGUCAGGAGUCAGGACCUGGUCACAGAGAGACAGGUGCUUAGACAUGACAAGAAGACAGACAAGAUCAUGUCUCAGCCAGCUAGACCGGAUAGAAACCAGGAGGUUGAUGUAGAUAGACUGAGGGGUGAGGCAGUGGAGGCUAGAGGCAAGGGACCAGGAUUAGUAAUGGCUUCUGAAUCAGAAAUGUUUGCUUUGUCAUUGCCCAAAGAUGGUGAAUUGUUGCACCCAAAAGUCUCCUCAGGCAAAUCCUCAAAACCUGAAGUGGACAGCCAGUCCAGUGUUGUAAAAGUCAGUCAGGGCACCCCAGGAAAGAAGUCAGGUAGAACCAAAGUCUCCGGAAGCCCUACUAGGUCUGGAAGACAGGAGGGAAACAAUGGCCAGGAAGGAGGGGACACUGUGCUUAGUGAACCGGGACCAAGUCAUCAAGCAGCAAAAGACAACCAAGGCUUAGAAAAUACGCCACCACUUGUGGAGUCUCAAGUCUCAACUAGAUGUUUCUUGCUACAGCCACCUCACAUAGAAAACAUAGCAAUGAAAGAGAUGGAGGAUACGCAACAGAAUGUGUUCAAGAGGACCAUGUCUGAAAUUGCCUCCCCCAGAAAAAGAGUCAUUCAAGAGGACAGUGAUGACGAGGUAACAAUACAUGUACAUAAGAGACAAAAAAAAUCAAGAUCUAGUCAACUGGGGAGCUCAGAUGAAGAUGCUAGCCAAAAAAAAAAUUCUCCAUCUCGACAUCCUGGCACACCUAAGACUACAACAAUGGAACAAUCUUUACAGAAUUCUGAGAAGGGCUCAACAAGAGGAACUCCCAUAAGGAAGAUUCCAUCCAUCUCUAGUGAGGGGAGCCAGUCCAAAGUGUCAUUACAGAAAAAGACAUCAAUAUCCACUGAAGGGGGUUAUCAAGCUAGCAUAGAGGAUGAACACAGUAUAUCCAACAUCAAUGACCAGGAAACAGCAUUAGCUGGACAGGGCUCUAGACCAUUGAUUGCCAUUCCAGUGUGGAGUCAAGAGCAAGUAACUGUUAACCCUCUUCCUGACUUAGAACCUGAUACUUCUAUGGUUAAAGAUGUUCCAAAGAGACGGACAAAAAAAAGUACUCCCAUUGUUCAGACUCCUGUAUCAGGAAAGAAAAGGAAAUGUCUAACAAAACUGCGGACAGGAAGUCGCAUUAAGAAAUGUGCCUCCCCCAGAGACACCCAGCCAAGGACCCCCUCUCUGACCGCGGCACCAACAGUUGUUGUCACCACCACCUCGUCAACCAGCAGCGAAGAGAGCGCUCAUAUCAAUGUGUUAGGACAGGGACUCCUAGCACAGAGGUCCACCAUUAUCCUGUCCCCACCCCUUGCUCGGGCCUCCUCCCUAGAGUCGGUGUUAUCCCGCCAGCCACGGAUGUCCACUUCAGAGACGCCCACUAACCGACCUUCAAAGGUCAGGGCCAGUAAAACGGAGCCAAGGUUUAAGAUUCCAGUGAGGACUGAGCUAGACAGGUCACCAAGUCUGGAACAGCAGCUGAGUACUACAGAAGAUGUAGAAAGGAAGACAGUUAUAAUUAAGGUCAAGCAGUUUGAAGUCCGGACUGAAAUCACUGAAAUGAUACGACAAGGAAAGGUUGUUUCCAGAUCAGAGAAAGAGGUUGCUAAGGAACCUGUGACAGUGAAGGUCAAGACCUACCAGGAGAUGGAAGCCCUGUCACCCGGCACAUUUUCCUCCUCCAGCACAGGAAGUUCACUGGCGUCUGGUUACCUAGGCGACAUUAGCUCUGGUUUGUCUCGCUCUGGUUCUUCCAAUGUUCCUUCCUUGAGUGAACAUGAGAUACCAUUAACACAGCCUAGCUCAAUAAGUCUGGAAGUCAGCUCUGUAGAGGUGUCAGAAGUUCUCUCCCCUGUAGUGGAAGCAGUAGAGGGAGCUACAGUUCAGGGAUGUAGUAGUGCAACACCAGCAGCCGUGUCAGUGUCGGCCUCUGUGAGAUCAGAGUCUAUUACUCCCAAUGUGUCCAAAGGUUUUGCGGUAAUUCCAACAUCAGCCUUCCUGACUGACGUGCCUUCCACUAGUGCAGGAGUUGGACAUGAGCACAGUCUUCAUAGCAGAAAAAAGCAAGUCUCCAGUGAAGAAGUUAGUUCUGAAGUUCCCUACCAAGAUGAGUUAAACAUCACGGCAACCACAGAGAGCAUUGGUGUUGGACUGUUAAGAUCAAGGCCAGUGAAAGAUUCUCGUGUGAUGGCAAAAUGGAAAGAUGGCUACUACUAUCCAGGAAUUAUACAAAAAGUUGAGGGAUCCAGGUACCAAGUUAAGUUUGAUGAUGGAGAUUCCCGCUAUGUCCGACACUCGGAGGCCUUGCUGAUUGAGCGCCUGCCCCUGGGUCAGCCGGUGAUGGUCCAGUCCCAGGACGGAUACUUUGACGCUGGGCUCAUUGUUGGCCAAGUCAAAAAGGGAGGGGUUUUCCAGUAUUCUGUGGAGAAAGAUUCUGGUGAAACACGAACGUUCAGCAACAGUGAUGUGAUUUUGAGUGAGGAGCAGGCCAACCUGUUGCUGACUGACCUCCCGACCUCACCCCAGAAGGCUGUCCCCUUGAUAGAGCCCAACCCAGCCAAUGUCAGUCUAGAUAAUCUUGUGGAGGGUAAAAGAAGGGCAGGCAACACAACUACACAUGGUGAUGAAACGGCACCUAAGAAACCCUCUACAUCCAAGGGAGCAAGCUGUGUAGAGGGGGAGGAGGCCCCACAGUCCUCUACAAGAGGGAAGAGAAGGAUCCACCCACUACCCCAGCAGGCCACCAGUACUCCCACUCGAAAAGAGAAAGGGAGGGGGGCUAGUAGAGUGGCUGAUCCCGAGUCGACCCCUAUCUAUCCUGAUGUAGCGGUAUCCCCGAUUGAGCCGAGGAGAUCCCCAAGGAAAGCACGACAUGGUUUGUUUGGUAAGGAGAAGCAGCCAUUCAAUGCCACACCCUUUUCUGGCCUAGUCUUCCUACUGACCUAUGUAGAGAAGUCUAAAGACUUGAAAGAGGAGGAGAAGACCAUCCUGAAGAACCCAGAUCUGACAUCUGAUGACAGCUCUGUUGAACAAGCUGAUGAUGAUGAAGUUCCCUUUGACAAACAAGACAUCAUAACAAAGAUCCAAGCUGGAGGGGGUGUUGUCUUGGACAAGUUUGACGAGGCUGCUAUUGCAAAUGCCAAGCAGUGCUUUUUGAUAUCCAAUUCCUACCAGAGGACCAUAAAAUACUUUCAGUGUUUGGCAGCGGCAAUUCCAUGUAUAUCGCAUCUCUGGAUAAGGGACUCCUCCAAUGAGGGAGUGUUAUUGGAUUAUAAAGCAUACAAAUUACAAGCUGGGGUCAGCCUUGAAAAGAGAAAGAAAAUGGAAUGGUCGAACAGAAAGGGAGAUCUACUAGGCCUCUCUGUGUUUGUCUCCUCAUCUCACAAAAAAUUCCAGGAGGAGUGGUCCUUCAUCCUGAAGCUCGCGGGAUGUCAGGUUCUACACAAACUCCCAACCGUAAAUUCUGAUACUCGACUUGAUGUUAUUGUUACUGAUCUCACCUGUCCCAAAACUGUGUUACAUCGCAGCAGGAAAUCCGGAAUACCCCUGGUGGCCUCAGAGUGGGUUAUGCAGUGUUUAAUUAAUGGAAGGAGACUCAAUUAUAGGGGACACCCACGAUAUAAUUAUGACUUUCACUCCUGAUGCAACGAAAAGUGUUAGAAUAUUUACAUGUACAUGUAUACUUAUAAAAUGUUUAAGUAUAUGUAGUUUCCAGCUGUUAUGAGGCACUUUUAUCAUACUUUGAAAUAAGAUGAGGAGUUAUGUACAUGAUUAAAAAUUCUUAAAGAAUGUGCAUUGAACUAAAAUUACUGUUUGUAACGAUGCAUGAUACAGAUCCUACAUGUACAUGUACCAGUACAUAUAUGUUGGAUGUAUAGAAACUU